AUGGAGGUUUAUGUGGAUGACAUGCUGGUCAAAUCCAAGGAGGCGCAAGAUCAUAUUCAACAUUUAGCUGAAAUGUUUGACAUACUCAGGAGAUAUCGAAUGAAGCUGAACCCUCAGAAGUGUGUGUUUGGAGUGGAGUCCGAUGAAUGUGAAGAGGCCUUCCAAAAGAUAAAGGAACAGUUGGGAAAGCCACCUCUCUUGGCCAAGCCAGUAGAAGGAGAAACAUUGAUCUUAUACCUAGCUAUUUCGAGAUACUCCGUCAGUGCUGUCCUUGUAAAGGUGGAAAAGGAUGCCCAAUUCCCGGUGUACAAUGUUAGCAAGAGGCUACAGGAUGCUGAGACAAGAUACACCAGCAUGGAGAAGUUGGUAUAUUCUUUGAUCUUAGCAGCAAGGAAACUUCGUCCAUACUUUCAGGCACACAAGAUAGAGGUAAGAACCUCCUAUCCUCUACGUCAGAUUAUGCGUAAGCCCGAAGCAACAGGAAGACUCAUGAAGUGGGCUGUUGAGCUAGGACAGUUUGACUUGGAUUAUAAGCCUAGAGUUACUAUCAAAGGUCAAGCCCUGGCUGAUUUCUUGUUAGAGUUUGAAGAUGAUACCCAGGAGUGGGCAAUAGUGCCAUAUAGUGCGGUUGUUGAACCCAUUGAUGGUCUUUUGGUCGAGGAUGACGCAUGGUGGAAUUUGCACGUCGAUGGAGCUGUCAACUCAGAUGGUGCUGGAGUUGGGAUAGUUUUGGUUAGUCCCGGGGGGUGUCGAUUGUUGAGCGCCAUCCACUUGGGGUUCCCCGCCACCAACAAUGAUGUAGAGUAUGAGGCUUUGAUUAAUGGCUUAUCCCUAGCCAUAGAAAUGAAGGCUAGGAACCUUAUUGUGUACAGUGACUCCAUGUCGGUAGUUCACCAGGUAAAUGGGGGGUUCUUGGCUCGAGGUUGGAGGACGAACUUAUACAUGACCCACACCCAAGAAUUGAUGAAGAAGUUCAAGGAGGUGCAUUUGAAAAAGGUUCCUCGUGAGAAAAAUGAGGGUGCUGAUGCAUUGGCCAAAGCAAGUUCGAGAAGGGACACCAAGCUCCUAGGGACCAUCCAGUUCUGUGUCCAAGAGAAGACAAGUGUAUCAGAGGUACAGAAGACAACCCGAUUCAGAGAGGAUUUGAUGGAAGUCGAGAAUGAUAUUGUUGACACGUGGAUGACACCAAUACUUAAGUUCAUCCAGGAUGGUCAGCUCCCAGAAAGUGUAAAGGAAGCCAGAAGUCUCAGAUACAGAGCAGCAAGAUUUGUGAUAUAUGAUGGUGUCUUAUACAAGAGAGGGUUCAACCAGCCGCUACUGAAGUGCAUUGCAGGGGAAGAUUACAAUUACAUCUUAAGGGAAGUACAUGAAGGAAUAUGUGGCAAUCACUCGGGGGGUAGUUCACUUGCUUUAAAGAUCCUUAGGCAAGGAUACUACUGGCCGACUAUGAGGAGUGAAGCAAGCAAGUUUGUGCAAGCAUGUGACAAGUGCCAGCGAUUUGCCACAUAUUCAUCUCGUCCUGCAGCAAGUCUGACUUCGUUACUCAGCCCAUGGCCAUUCGCUUUAUGGGGGAUAGAUCUCAUUGGAGAGCUUCCAAAGGCCAAAGGAGGAGUCAGGUAUGCAGUAGUGGCGGUUGAUUACUUUACAAAAUGGGCUGAGGCCGCGCCUCUAGCAACCAUUACUGCUAAGAAGAUAACAAGUUUUGUAUUCAAUUCAAUUGUGUGUAGAUUUGGUAUCCCGUUCAAGCUAAUAUCUGAUAAUGGGAAACAAUUUGACAGCAGGGAGUUGAAGAAGCUAUGUGAUGACCUGAAUAUUAGGAGAAACUUUGCAGCUGUGUACCAUCCACAAAGUAAUGGACAGACUGAGGCAAUCAACAAAAUCAUCAAACACAUGCUAAAAGCCAAGUUGGAAGAGAAGAAAGGAGAUUGGCCGGAGGAGCUUCCAAUGGUGCUAUGGUCAUAUAACACUACGCCAAGAACAACCACUGGGGAGUCGCGGUUCAUGUUGACUUAUGGUUGUGAGGCAAUGGUUCCAGUGGAGGUCAGAGCAGGUUCCUUCAGGAGAGACCACUUCCAGGAAGAGGCCAAUGAGGUUAAUCAGAGGCUGCAUCUAGAUAUGCUGGAAGAAGUCAGAAGGGAGUCGCAAGUUAGGCUGGCAGCAUAUCAACAAAGGACAGCCCGGUUCUAUAACAGUCGAGUCAAGCCUAGACCGUUCAAGAUAGGAGACUUAGUGCUACGUAAGAUGAUGCCAGGAAUGAAAGUGCCAGGUCAUGGAGUGUUUGGUGCAAAUUGGGAAGGACCCUACCGCAUUCGAGCAGAGAUCUUUGGAGGAGCAUACUACUUGGAGGACAUGCAGGGGGAGCCCAUUUCCAAGGCAUGGAAUGCUGAGCAUUUGAAGAAGUACUAUCAAUAG